AGCAUCAGAGCCAAAAAUCAUCUAGGGUUUUAGCUUUCUCGCGCGAAGUCCAGACAAAGAAAGCCGAGAAAAUGUUUUCAGGUAUGUUUGCCCGCAAGCCAGACAAGGCCGUGGCUCUGAAGCAGCUGCGGACACAUGUGGUUAUGUUCGGUGCAUGGGUAGCGGUGGUGAGGGUCACUCCCUACAUUCUCCACUACUUCUCUGAUGAGAAAGAGGAGCUCAAGAUUGAUUUCUAAUCCAUCAUCUGCACUUCUCAUAAUCGCAUGAAGGUAUAUGCUGUGGGUCUGGCUGGGGAGAAAUCUGCUUUGAUUAAGAGGAGCUUGUGAGCUUCAACCCUUUUUCUUCCUUUCUUUUCUACCCUGCAAAACUAUGACAACAGUGUAUCUUUUCCAUGGAAUAGGUCACAUUUGGAUUUUACGUAUGGGAGGCUUAAAUUAGGUUCUUGUUUUCUUUUGAUUACUACUUGAUUCACAUUGAAUCAUCUUGAGGUUCAACGGCUGUUGCAGCUAUAUCAUGUGUUUCAAUUCACUUGGAACCAUUGUUUAAAAUUUGUGAACUGAACUUUGUGUGAUGUGGUGGGGCUCAAAUCUCUGAAUUAUGUCGACCUGUUUAUAUUCCAAGGAAGAUCUCUCUCCUCUCUUC